AUGGCUCGGAGGACGGAGCCCUCUUCGUCAAGCAGCAUGGCGUCGUGGGCUAUCGAGAAGGAAGACACCGGGAAGAAGACUGGGCUCCCGCUGAUUGUGUGUCCCACAUGCAAGAGAGAGAGGGUAAUCGAGCUCAUAGUGAGGACAACGGAGAACGACAACCAGGGACCAUGUUCUUCAAGUGUCCUAGAAAUGUGCCCGGGAUGCCUGAUGCUGGUGGAGUUGAAGUUUGUUGUCAUUGAUCUUGAAGCUGGCGUGGGUGCAGAAGAAGUAGAAGAAGCUCGGGGAUUUGGUGAAGAAGAAGCACAAUCAAAGUGUGCUGGGAAGAACAAGAUGGAUGUCCUGAUUUCUUUGCUUAAGAUGUAG